AUGGCCCAAUUCAAGAGCCCAAUUGCCCUGCCAGGUCCCAAAGACUGCCUUGAAACGGUUGUCGGUUUGCUCGCUCGCCACCGGGAGAGUGAUUACUGGACGUACGAGCACAAAGAUACCUGGUACGUCGGUAUCCGCAACCAGGUAUCUCUCGUGGUUGACUGCGUCGGUAAGAAAGCCACCAUCAUUGAUCGAGAUGGGAAAGAGGAAUCUCAAGACGUCAGCGAGCCCUUGAACGACGUCGCCAGAAAGUUCAUUGCGCAGUAUACGGUGCCCGGGGUGAAGAUCUUCGGUCAGGUCGCGUUCAACUAUCAUGCUCACAUUGCCGGCCAAGCAUACAACCCGGGCACAUGGCCUCUUCUGCUCCUGGUUGUUCCUUCCGUUCAAGUCACUGUUAGCAGGGACAGGAUCAUGGUUGCUGGAUUUAAGGAGGAGGAGGCCGAUUCCCUGGUCGACUUGAUCCAUGGACAUAUCAACAGCCCCGAUAUCGUCAUUCCGGAAUCUCGUUCCACCGUCGAUGUGCAAACCGGGGCAGAGAACUAUAAGUCCCGCGUGGCGCAGUCAAUAGAGGAGAUAAAGCAGGGGAAAUACACGAAAGCAAUCCCCUCUCGGAUGGUAAACCUGCCAGACAGAGUCGAUAUGCCAGCAACUCUGUUCCACGGCCGACGGGCCAACACUCCCGCGCGAACAUUUUCCUUCAAGCACCGCAACAUUCAAGCAACAGGCUUCAGCCCAGAGGUCCUAGUCUCAAUCGACUGUGACACCAUCUUCACAGAAGCCCUAGCUGGCACGCAGCUUGCCGAAGGCGCAGACAUGGAACCCACACGACACAAGCUCCUGAACGACCCGAAAGAGGUGAACGAGCACGUCAUCGCCAUCAGAGGCUCGAUGCGCCGUCUAGGCCUGAUCUGCCCGGCCGAUAGCAUCGCCGUGAAGAACUUCAUGACUGUCAUGCCCCGCGGGAACGUCCAACAUCUCUUCUCCCAUGUAUGCGGGCAGCUGACGCCCGGGAAGGACGGAUGGGAUGCGCUGCCGGGCCUCGUGGCUAACAUCACGGUGCCCGGUCUCCCGGGCCAGAGUAAUAUGGAUGCCAUCCGGUGCUUUGAGCAUCAGCCUCGCGAUCUUUACUGUGGUGCUGCUCUCAUUCUGGACCAUGAGGCAGGCUUCUUCGACGCCACUCUUGUCCUUCGGACUGUGUUCCAGGACCAGACUCGGCAGUGGCUGCAGGCUGGGGCUGGGGUUACGGCGUAUUCGAAUCCAGAGAGGGAGUUUAUGGAGACGUGUGAGAAGCUUGGGAGUGUCGUUCCGCAUGUCAUUGCGGAGGUUGUUAAGGGAUAG